AAUCUUGUAACCAUUCAAAUGGUGAAAAUUCCACGGCGUAAACCUGUUCCGUAAAACUAAGCUUAAAAGUAGGUGGACAGUGAACUGCUUCAUCCAUUCUAGUUGUUUUUGCUUAUCUGAAAGCACCAAACACAAGAUUCAUUUAUAAGUAUUCAACCGGCAUAACCUAAACUAUUUUCAGGUAAAUAAAAGGCUACUUACCACUAUUUAGCCUAGAAAAAUAGUAAAAGAUCCAACCUUAAAUAAUUUUUAAUUAAAAUUUUGAUCAUUCAAAUUAUUUAAACAUUGAUAUGUCUUAAAUAAUCUCAUAUAAACGUUGUAAAUAAAAACAAAAACAGUGAAAAUAGUAAAAAAAAGGCGGUGAUUCGAGUUUUUUUACACUUUUCCAUUGAAAUCGUAUGUGUGCAUGAGAACGUGAUCAAAACGUUUCAAGAGGGCACCACAUCUCUACGGAUCUUUGUACGCGAUUGUCCAACGUGCCGCAUCUCUCUGAAAAACGAGCUCGGCAUAACGCAGAGAUGGAUUUUGGUGCGGGCGAUGUUGCCCAAAUAUCUGCGGAGCUUGCUCGAGUUGUUGAAAUUAUGAUGUCUCCUGAUGUACCUCAUCAGCAACGUCUAGAUGUUUAUAAUGCUUGUGAAAGAUUCAAAGAAACAUCACCACUUUGUGCACAAUGUGGGCUUUAUCUAGCACAAAAAUCACCUAAUAGAAGUUCAAUUGUUCGUCAUUUCGGUCUCCAACUAAUGGAGCAUUUUAUAAAAUACCGCUGGCCACAAAUAUCUCAAACAGAGAAAGUAUUUAUUAAAGAAAAUGCAAUGAAACUUCUUCAAGAAGGUACAGAACCAAUGAUGCAAGAAGAGACACAUAUCAAAGAUGCACUUUCGCGUGUAAUUGUAGAAAUGAUUAAAAGAGAAUGGCCACAGCAAUGGCCAACACUAUUAGCAGAACUCAGUCAAGCCUGUACUCGUGGUGAGAGCCAAACUGAGGUUGUUUUAUUAGUAUUUUUACGACUGGUUGAAGAUGUAGCAUUGCUACAAACUUUAGAAUCAAAUCAAAGAAGGAAAGACAUCUAUCAAGCUUUGACAACUAACAUGGCUGAGAUUUUUGCAUUCUUUUUGAAAUUAAUGGAGCAACAUUUUUCAGAAUUUCAAAAGAAAAGUGCUCUUGGUAAUGUUACUGAAGCUGCCGCACAUAGUAAAGUAGUUCAGGUGGUUCUACUAACUCUAACUGGUUUUGUGGAGUGGGUAUCCAUAAACCACAUAAUGGCCGAUGAUGGACGCCUCCUUCAAAUCCUCUGUGUACUCUUGGGAGAUCGUACAUUCCAAUGUGCUGCAGCAGAAUGUCUUCUUCAAGUUGUAAAUCGCAAAAACAAAAGUGAUAGAAAACAAUUAAUGAUUUUGUUUACUGAAGAUGCACUGCGGUGUAUUUACUCAUCAGCAAUAGCUCCAGCACCACAUGCUACUUCUCAUGAGUUACACGAGAGCCAUUAUUUGUUUCUAAAGAAACUUACUCAAAUAUUGACAGGAAUGGCAACUCAGUUAUGCAUGCUCUGGGGUAAAGAAGAUCUGAGUAUGACACGGCCAACUCACUUUAACUUUUUCUUAGACACAGUGUUGUCAUUUACAAUGCACUCAAGUUUGACUUUGAAUCAUUUAGCUAAUGCUAUUUGGAUUAUGUUAUUCAGACAUGAACAUGCGAAAGUUGAUAGUCUACUUCUCAGUUAUGUUCCAAAAUACAUUGAAAGUACAGCACCUAAAUUAAUAAAGGUAGCUUAUCCGAAUGGACAAAAUGCCAAUGGAAUGACUGCUUAUUGUCUUAGUGAUUAUGACUCUGAAGAAGAGUUUGCUGUAUUUCGUCAUCGUCUACGCAUGGAUCUUUUAGAAGGUUUAAGACAUGCAACAAUGGUCGCCCCAUUAGUUACAUUUGCUUAUGUUCAACAGUGGCUUACGGCAAAAAUUACUAAAGGCAUGACAAACAUUCAUUACAAAAGUGAUCCAAAUGAUGCUGAGUAUUUAGAAUGGGAAGCUUUAGCUCAAGCUUUGGAUUCCGUUGUGUCUCGAAUCCUUCUUGUUAAUGAGCGGCCAAAUGUCCAAAACGGAUUACAAUUACUAGAAUUAUGUCUCGGAUAUUCUCCAGAAGACCCAUGGUUACUCUCAGCCCUUCUUUCAUGUAUAAGUGCCCUUUUUGUUUUUCUGUCAAUGAGCACAGGUUCUAUGGCAAUGCCUGGAGUUGCAAUACUUCCCAGAGUUCUCGAAAAAAUAUUUGCAGCUCUUGUCUAUGAAACUCCUGGAGAGUCUAAAAGAAAUAGAUCUAAAGGUACCAAAUGUGUUCGUCGACAUGCUGCUAGUUUGAUGGUUAAAAUAGGAUUGAAGUAUCCUUUAAUUCUGUUACCUGUCUUUGAACAAAUUCAUACAACUGUGAAAGGAUUAAUGAGAGAACCUAGCCAACUUACGAAAAUGGAGAGUGUAACUUUAUAUGAAGCUCUCUUGUUGAUUUCUAAUCAUUUCUGUGAUUAUGAUCGACAAACGAGGUUUAUUGCUGAAACAAUAAACGAAGGAUCCGCAAAAUUAAUUUCAUUAGGGCAAGAAGCUUUCAAAGGACCAUUAGAAUUGAUGAGAUUUAUCGGAUUAGAUCAUGGAGCAGUACCUAUUGGAGCUGAUGAUCCUCCUGGAAAAAAUCGUGCUAAUUUAAUGUACUGCAUUUCAAAUAUUUUAAGUGUCGUAAAACGAUGCUCUAUUCCAGAAGAUCCAGAUCGUGCUGCAAGAGGUGGAUUCGUUGCAGCCUUGAGUGAAAGCGGAAAUCCAGUAUAUAGAAAUCCUGCCACUCCUCAUGUUAUUCCAGCUUUACCUACCCUUUUUGCUUUAAUGAGAGCAAUGAAUGCUCUAUUUACUCCUGCAGCAUUAAGUUUAUUAUCGGAAGAUUUUAAAAAAGCUCAUGACUUGUUAGAAUCUGAUAAAGCUCAUUUAAUGGGACUACAUAUCAGUAAUAAUGGUGAUCACACUCCUGAGUUUGAUCAACUCUCGCAUGCUCCACUGCUUCGUAUGCAACACUUUUUAACAACUAUUCAUGAUAAUUGCUAUCAUAUGUUGGGAAGCGGAUGUCAUACAAUUGGACGAGACUUUUACCAACUUCCUGGUUUAGCUCCAGCACUUCUAAACUCUGUUUUUUCUAAUUUAGAGGUUCUUCCUGAUCAUAGAUUACGACCAAUCAUCCGUGUUUUUUUGAAGCCAUUUAUUUAUUCAUGUCCGCCAGCAUUUUACGAAAGUGUUUUGGUACCAAUAAUUACUCAUGUUUCAACACAUAUGUGCCACAGAUUGAGUACAAAAUGGCAAUAUAUGACCGCACUUUAUGAAUCCGGGGGACUAGAUGAAGAGAAUACAAAUGCUCAAGAAGUAAUUGAUGAUAUGCUCAACCGAAACUUGACUAGGGAUUUCGUUGAUGUCCUCAAAGUUACCCUGGUCGGAGGAACAGCAAGUGAUGCUUCACCACCUGACUCGAUGGAUCAGGAUAAUACAGGCAUGGCUGUUGAUCAAACUCCAGUCAGAGGAAGUAGUAUAGUUGCUGAGGUUGUUAGUGAACUUGGUGCAUUUAUUCUUCGACAUUCUUCUACUUGCCAUAGCGUGGUUUUAUGUGUUCUUGGUGCUCUAGCUUGGAAUGAUUCAAACGCCAGCUUAAGAGCAACCAUGUUGACUGGACCAAUUGUAAGAGCUCUUGCAGCGGAUGGUAGCUUAACUCCAGCAAUGGCAUCACACAUCAUGGUUGCUAUUCUUCAAGGUCUUCAGCUUCAUGGACAACAUGAAGCUAACCAAGGCUCCUUAAUCACUCUUGGAGCUCAAGUUUAUGAAUGUUUACGACCAAGAUUCCCAAAUAUCAUCGAAGUGAUGCAACAGGUACCGGGUGUUAACCCAGCAGAUCUUCAACGUUUUGAUGAAAAAAUGACUAUGACUAGUACGAAAGGAAAUAAAGUUGAAAAAGGCAAGAAAGAACUUUUCAAGAAAAUUACAAAUCAGUUAAUUGGCAGAAGUAUCGGACAAUUAUUCCGUAAAGAAGUGAAAAUUGAUAAUUUACCACAACUAGAAGUAAUUGGGAAGUCUCAAACCCCACGAGUUGAUGAAAUUUCAAAAAAUUCUGCUGAUACAGGUUUGACUGCAUUGUUUGCUGGCCCUACGUAGCAAAGAGAGAUUGACAACCGUACUUUAUACGGUUGGUCCGAUUCAAUAAAUAAUUAUAAGCUAUUAUAAAAGUCUAUAAUAUCGAAAAAAAUACGUGAAAUUCAAUCGCAGGAAAGAUGCUCAUAAUCAAUAUGUAUGAUAAAAAUAAUAAUUAUUAUUAAAAUUUCAUCCAUUUCUGAUAAUGCCAUGCGAGCCUCUUUCGCUGCUGGUCGACGAACGGCUCAAAAUUUUUUAAUUUAAUUAUUCAAAUAAUUUUUGGUAUUUAAAAUUAUUUUCAACAAAAAAUUGGUAGUAAAUUGAGAUAUAUAUCCAUUUUAUGGUUAUCAUAAGUGAAAAUAAUUGAAAAAGGAAAAGCAAUCCCAUGAUAUUUAGACUUUUACUUUUAUUUAUUUUGUAACUAAAGCUCGAUGAAGAAGUUGAUUAUCUCAAGAUCUAAAUCAUUUAGAAAUUUUAUAAAUUAUUAUUGAUUAAUAGUUCAAAUACUGUACAAUGAAAAUGUAAAAACAUUAGCGAUAUUAACGCUAAUAACUUCAAUUCACGAUGAAAAUUAUUACGAAGUGAUUUUUUUUUUUCAAUAUGCUGUUUAUAAAACUUUAUAAAAAAUUACAUUUUUAUAUUCUAAUUUCG